AAGCUCUCCUCAGACAUUGAAGGUGUGCAUUUGGGCCAUACCACAAGGAGAAGAUCAAAGGAGAGUGUAAUGGCUUCCUCAGUGAUGGUCUCGACGGCCGCCGUCGCCUCGACCGCGACGAUGAACCGGAUCGCCCCGGCUCAAGCUACCAUGGUCGCACCAUUCACCGGCCUCAAGUCGACUUCCGCGUUCCCCGGCACACACAAGCUUACUAAUGACAUGUCCUCCCUCCCCAGCAAUGGUGGAAGAGUGCAAUGCAUGCUGGUGUGGCCGCCAGAGGGGCUCAAGAAGUUCGAGACUCUCUCUUACCUCCCGCCGCUCUCCCAGGAGGCGUUGGCAAAGGAAAUCGACUACCUCAUCCGUUCGGGGUGGAUUCCUUGCAUAGAGUUCUCUGAUGUUGGAUACGUGUACCGUGAGAACCACAGAUCCCCUGGGUACUACGAUGGCCGCUACUGGACCAUGUGGAAGCUCCCCAUGUAUGGGUGCACUGAUUCCAGCCAGGUCCUCAAGGAGGUCGAGGAAUGCAAGAAAGCGUACCCGACCUACUUCAACCGGAUCAUCGGCUUCGACAACAAGCGCCAAGUCCAGUGCAUCAGUUUCAUUGCCUACAAGCCCCCUGGUGCUUAAAUCAAGCCAUGAUCAUUCAAGAUCUGUGUGGGUCAAUGGUCUUGAUUAUCUCCAGUUUCGGGACUUUCAAAUUUAGUUUCCAUUUUGUUUUUUUCCUUUCUUUCCCCACUAUCCAACAGAUGAGAUUGGACAUCGAGUCUUCCUUGUGAUGAUGGACAUCAAAGCUCCGGCUGCAUAUCGUCACAUUUUUAAUAAUGAUAUAUGUUUAGGAUUUGUGGGCUUUCCAUUCUACUUUCAACCUUGCUUGUUUGGGUGAUUUAUGGAAAUGGAAUUUGUUUCUAGUCA